UGAGACAUCACAAAGCUCGUGACAUCAUCUGGUUUUACAGAGCUUUAUCAAGUUAGAAUCAGUCAGACCUCAUUUGGUUUAGCCAGUGCCAGCGUUCACAAGUUAUCUCCUGUGAGACGAUUUCGACUUUGUACACGAUGAACAUGGAAAAACAGAAAAACAUGGAUGUAACAUUCAUGCUAGUUCCUCUUAAUGCAGCAGAGAAGAGGAAAAUUAAAAGGAGGAAGGUCAACGGAGGAGAGCCAGUCGUUUUCGUGGAGCCCUCAACCUCCACAAGAAAACGAUUAGAACCAAAGGCUCCUUCGGAACAAGCCAUGAGGAAAAACAAAGGACCUUCAAAAAACCCUGUCAUUUUCCUAGAUAAAUCAGCCUCCACCAAGACACCAGAGGUGAACAUUACUUUUGGGUGUCCAUCAACCCAAAAGAAGCCUGUUUCAGGUCAGUGUUCAGCCUCCAAGAAAGAGGUUGCUUCUCAUUCCAUCAAUGUGAGAAGACAGAGGGAGCCGUAUGUUUCAGGAGAGCGUUCAGCCUCCAAAAAAGAGGCAAAGGCUGCUUCUCAACAACCUGCCGUCCAGACCCAGAUGAGGAAUUGGACCAAACAGAGGGAGCGUAAAGCUAAAGUUCCCUCUGAGGUAUCUGCAACUCUGCCUCGUGUCACAGAGAAAGACAAGCAGAUCAAACCAAAAGAGGUCAUCAGUUUGGUGAGGACCACCUUAGACCACCUGACUGCUGAAACAUUUAAGGACCUUAUGACUAAGCUGCAAAACGUGACAGUGGACUCAGAAGAGAGGUUGAACUCAGUCAUCAACCUCAUCUUUGAGAAGGCCAUGUCGAGGCCAGACUCAUCUGCACUGUACGCCAACAUGUGCCGCUGCCUAACAAAAAUGAUAGUCCCCGCAAAAGACCUGAAACUCCCUGGCAGUUUUCAAACGCUACUUAUCAGGCGCUGCCAGGCUGAGUUUGUGAAGCACCACGGCAAGGAUGAGACCUUUGAGCAGAUGCAGAGUAAAGAUGUAAGUUUAAUUAUCACAACUACCAAAUUCUUGGAAGAGCAAGAGGAAGAGCACCAGCGACUGAGGAAUGAGCUGGACAACGCCGAAGCAUCCAGUCGCUCUGUAUCAAACAUUAAGUUUAUUGCAGAGCUCUUCAGGCUGAAGAUGUUGAGUGAGGCUGCGGUGCAUAGCUGUAUGCAGAGACUCCUAAACAACCAGGACGAAGAGUCUCUGGAGUGUAUCUGUACUCUCCUGAACAGCAUUGGUAAGGAGUUAGAGCUACUGACACCAAAGAAAAUCAUGGACAGUUACUUCAGGAAAGUGGCUGAUAUCAUUAAACAGGGAAAGACGUCAUCAAGAGUGUCUGACCUGCUGAAAAACAUAGCAGAUCUCAGACACAGGAACUGGAUACCUGAAUGCAUAGACAUGGACCAGAUUGUUAUGGAAGAUGAGCAUUCAGGUGACAGUACCAACAGCCUCUCCUCUUCAUCGUCCUCCUCGUCAUCUUCAGGACACUCCACCAUUCAUCAGACAUCUGCUGUGGUACAAUUGUCAUCAGAGUCUGCAGUCUGCAAAGAAGAACCAGCUUUGCCAUCACUGGAUGCGGACUCCAGCUCUGCUAAUCAGCAUAUUCAAGACAGUGAGGAGAGUCACCCGUUUGACAAGCAGAAUGAUAAACAGGAGGAUAAUAGCCACCCAGAGUUGAAUAAAGAAGAGACUCGCCAAACUCUUUCUUUCACUCCAUUUCAACACUCAUUGACCGAGGAUGAGAUGGAGAUCUUCGCAGAGGCUAUAAUUGACAAGUAUCUGAGGACAGAUGACUUGAAAGAGGUGCUGCACAUCGUCUCACACCUCAACAGCCCAUCAGUCCUCUAUAUUUUUGUCAGGAAUGCUGUAGACUUGACGUUCGAGUGUGGCAGCAGGACUCGGCGGCAGGUGGGCAUGUUGCUGCUUGAGCUUGUCAAAUCGGGGGCUCUGCACACAGAGCAGUUCUUCAGAGGAUUGAAGGAGAUCUUGCAGGUCGCGGAUUACAUUUCCACAGAUGUGCCUGAGAUAUGGCUCUGCCUUGCUGAGGUCCUCAGCCCCGUGCUGCAUGAGGGAGGCAUCUCCAUGGCAGAGCUCUUUGGGGAAAUCCAAACUCUUGUGCCUCUUGGACCAGCUGGUGUGCUAUUGGCUCAUAUCCUCACCAUCUUGUCCAGCAGCAUCUCACUGAAGACCAUCAAAGCGAUGUGGAACAACGCUGGAGUCAAAUGGCAGGAUUUCCUUCACAGCGGUGACGACAUCAGAAAGUUUACUGCCAACUGGAAGGUGGAGUACACCGACGGAUAGGAGGCUGACUCUAACAAUCUGUAGAGUUAGACCUCCUCUACUUGUCCACCAACAAAAACACCACCCCCCACAAUCCCUCUACCUCAACUCCAACCUUCCCAAACAUCUCCUUCUCCUCAGCUUUCCUCAAUUGGCCCCUUUCAUUUUUAUUUAACAACAACUCAAAGAAAUUUGUUGUUAAAUAAAAAUGAAUCUAAAUUUGGGCGGCACGGUGGUGCAGUGGUUAGCACUGUCACCUCACAGAAGUUCUGGAUUCAAACCUGCUUCUUUCUGUGUGGAGUUUGCACGUUCUCCCCGUGUCAGCGUGGGUUUCCUCCGGGUUGUCCGGUUUCCUCCCACAGUCCAAAGACUUGCAGGUUAGGUUAAUUGGUGACUCUAAAUUGCCCCUUGGUGCGAAUGUGAACGUUUUUGUCUAUAUAUGUCAACUGCGAUCAAAUGACGACCUGUCCAGAUGACCUGUGUGGAUAAGAAAUAUUGGAUUGAAAUCUCUGGUUCCUUUGUCUUCAAACAUUAUACCUUUAUAUUGCAUAUCCCUAUUUUAACACUGCUAGGUACAGUAAGCAAUAUACUAUAAUGUUACAUCACAAAUACCAUCAAAGGAACUAUUUUAACAAAUAUGAGUGGGGAAAACAAUAAAAAAUAUUUCCAUUUAGCUGAUGUCUCCUGUUGUUGCAAAUACACUUUUAUUCUGUUUUCAUUUCUUUAGUUGUUGCACAAUUCAGUGUCUAGGUUUUUGUGCCACUGAGAGCAACAUGGCUGCAAAGCAAGUUUUGGUGACAAAGAGUUAAUAGUCAACAAUCUUUCCAAUAUGAAUAAAAAUUAGAUUCAGGUGAAAUCAAAUGAGCCAAAAAAUGACAAAGGAGGAGCUUUAUGUAUUAAUUCUCUAUUAAUAUCCUUAGAGGCCUCUUCACUGAGACAAUGACUCAAAUCACCACCAAACAUGUUUAUUGACUGCGUGACUUACCUGUUAAAACAUGCUGACAGGUAAACACACAUACUCAGUCUGCUGUCAUAUGUAAUAUGAUAUUAACCUCAAAGUCAUUUUGUAGAGGUGUAUUUUGGGCCUCUGUAUGAUGGCUGGCUUUUCUCCCCACUUCAGAGUUUGGCUGUUCAUAACCCAUCCCUUUACUGAAGUUAAUCCACUUCAACUCUUAAAGAUUGCUCUCUAAUGGCAGGUGAACAAUUUUAUUGACAAAUCAUGAGAGCUUAAAGUGUGAAUUUUACUCUUGAUACACAAAUAAAAGUUUUAAAAACAUAAAAUGUUUUAGAUCAUAUCUACCGGGAGGAAAUUACUGAGAGCUCUGAACAAAAUUAUACAUUUGGUCAUACCAACCACCAACCAAAAUAUUAGAAAUAACAUUAAGCAAAAAGAUUGGGUGUCUUUUUAAAAUUAUCAGUGAAACAGCUUCUUAUUAAAUUGGUUUUAUAUUAUGUGUUAUACCUGCUAAACAUCAGCAUGUUUGCAUUGUCAUUGUGAGGAUGUUAGCCCACCGAUGUUAGCAUUUAGCUCAAAGCACAAAUGGGCCUUUAUACAGCUUAAAAGAGUUGCUAGCAUGGAUGUAGCCUCUCUUGUCUCCUAUCUUGUUUCGAUCCCAGCUUACAUUCUACUUAUCAUCAGGUAACUCAUGCCUGAUAGAAACAAUACAAGACAGAAACUGAAGAAGAGAAGGUUAACAGAGACUAAAAGAGAAACAUGUUGAAAUAGAGACAUGAGCUUCCUUAAAGGGGACAGAUCAUGCACAUUCUGGUGUCUAUAUUUUUUUUCUGGGGCUAUACUGGUAUAUCUUUGCAUGGUUUACAGUUCAUUACACUGGCCCUUUAUGCUGCCCCUCAGUUCAGCAUCUAAAACAGACCGUUUUAGCUCCUGUCUGUCUAAGGCCCCCAUCCUGAUGAGACCACACUCUUCUAAUUGGCUAGUUUCAGGAAGCUGUUCCUCAGCUGACUUCUGCUGGAUCCGGAGCAUGGAUGUAUAAUAAAACCUGGAUACAGCGCCGCUGCUCAGCCUUGCUUCUAAAUCUGCCCAGUGGUCACCUGUGGUAUUGUAGUGAAAAAGUCCCCUGUGGCCCAAAAAGCAUUUUCUCCAUAGAC